UCGUUUUUAUCGAAACGAGUCUCUCAUUUGAAAAGAGUUGCUGAUAACAACAUGAUGGAUGGCAGCAAGGAGGUCGACAAGCUCAAUAAUUCCGUAUUGUCAAGAAAGAGAAAACUAGAAUCAGAGCCCUCUCAACAACCCAGCGGUACCAACAGUUCAGUAGCACAACAGGACCAAAACAAGUGUAAGGUGGAAGACGGCUUCUCCUGGUGGACUUGUAUGCAGUAUAAUAUGCCAAUGGAGAAGUCCAAACCACAUGCAAUUAAUAAACAGUAACAAUAUAAUGGUGAAAUGGACUUCACUGGCCAAGAUGACCAGUGUUGUGAUAGGACCCUUGAAAAAGAAAUAGAUGAUAUCGACCAGAGUGACCAAUGUCCAGAAAGACUACUUGUAUCAGAAAAGAAUAAGACUGACCAGUAUCCUGAGAGGCCUGUAGAGCCCCUGGCCAGUGACUGCUGUGGCUCAGGCUGUAUUCCAUGUGUGUUUGACCUGUAUGAACAAGAGUUAAAGCUUUGGAAAGAGGAGUGCAGAAAGAUUCGACAAGGAGGCAAAGAGAUUUGUGAUCAAGAGGUUCUUUGUCCAGAGAAAUAUUUAGGAUUUAAACUGACCAGUAUCAAACCAGUGACUAGGGACACUUUCAUGUACAGAUUUGACAUCCCAGGAGGUGCACGACUUGGUUUGAAAGCUGGACAGCAUAUUGUGUUAAGGGGGAGCAUAAACAAUCAGACAAUUACCAGACAGUAUACACCAGUGAGUGAGCUAACUGCACAGGGAUAUUUUGAUGUAUUAAUCAAGUUGUACCCAGGUGGGCAGAUGUCACAGUGUAUAAGGUCAUGGAAAGAAGGGGACCUUAUACAGUGGAGAGGACCCUUUGGGUUAUUGCAGUAUGUGCCUAAUGUUUUUAGUAAAAUAAUAAUGCUAGCUGCAGGCACAGGGAUAGCCCCAAUGACUCAGGUGAUCAGAGUGAUACUAGAGAAUGAAGAUGAUGAGACACUGAUCAGUCUGGUAUAUGCCUGUAGAACGUAUGAAGACAUACUGAUGAAGGAGCAGCUUGACCAGUGGUCAGGUUACUGGAACUUCUCUGUGCAAUAUGUUUUAAGUCAAGACACUCAAGAAAAUGUAAUCCAAGUAAAGAAAUACAAUGAUACAGUGCAUCUUGGAAGACUUAAUUCCACAUUAGUUUCCCAGAUGGUGCCAUUAACUGAGAGAGGCCAAGUCCUGAUCUGUGGAACCAAGUCUUUUGACAAAGAUAUGAUCAACCACCUUAAAAAAGUCGGAUGGGAAAUGAAGGAUAUUUUUAAGUUUUGAAAUGCAGGCAAAACCUUAUGAUUGGCAUCCCUUGGGUGUACAGAGACUUCAGACCUCAAGAUGGAUAGAGCUGACA